GUAAGGUGCUUAGGCAAUGCUUAAGGUAAUCUCAUGCUUUCCCAUCAAGCCAAGCAGUGCACUAAGGAGCUAUUCACAACAGAGGAAGGAAAAGAUGCAGUUCAAGAUGGGGAGCGUCCUGCUGUCUCUUCUUUUCUGGUACAAAGCUGUGAUGGCCCUCUCCCCAGGAGAGGAUGAGAGACUGGAGCUGUGGCACAGCAAGGCUUGCAAAUGCGAUUGCCAAGGAGGCCCUAACUCAGUGUGGUCCAGCGGGGCUAACGGCUUAGAGUGCAUGCCAGAGUGUCCCUACCACAAGCCUCUGGGCUUUGAGUCUGGUGCUGUCACCCCAGACCAGAUCAGCUGCUCCAACCCUGAGCAGUACACAGGCUGGUACUCCUCCUGGACAGCCAACAAGGCUCGCCUCAAUGGCCAAGGCUUCGGGUGUGCAUGGCUUUCCAAGUACCAGGACACUGCACAGUGGCUGCAGAUCGACCUGAAGGAGGUGAAGGUGAUUUCGGGGAUCCUCACCCAAGGGCGCUGUGACGCUGACGAGUGGAUGACCAAGUACAGCGUGCAGUACCGCACCGAUGAAAACCUCAACUGGGUGUACUACAAGGACCAGACUGGGAACAACCGGGUUUUCUAUGGCAACUCCGACCGCUCGUCCUCGGUGCAGAACCUGCUGCGGCCGCCCAUCGUGGCCCGCUACAUCCGCCUGAUCCCGCUGGGCUGGCACGUGCGCAUCGCCAUCCGCAUGGAGCUCCUCGAGUGCCUGGGCAAGUGCGGCUGAGCGCUGCGUCCGGGGCUCCGGGGUAGCGCUGCCCCGCAGCCGCCCUGCCCCGUCCUGCCGCCCAGCCUGCAAAGGGAAGGGCUGUCUUGAAUAAAAUGUUACUUCACACCAU